AUGUCGACCACGGCAGAGGAGCAGGCUAAGCUGGUGGAGACGUCGAAGCGUCUCGCCGCCUACCAGGCUGUCAAAGACCACCUGCUCCCAGAGUAUACCAGGAUAGGCAUUGGCUCCGGGAGCACUGUCGUCUACGUGGUCGAGGCAAUUGCCGCGCUCGGACCCGCGGCGACGUCCAAGAUGGCCUUUUACCCGACAGGCUCUCAAUCCGAGGAGUUGAUUGAGGCGGCAGGGCUGACCCUGCAAUACAUCAGCAAGCUGCCCGCUGGUCAGCAGCUGGAUGUUGCGUUCGACGGCGCCGACGAGGUGGAUGACGACAUGAAUCUGAUCAAAGGCGGUGGCGCUUGCUUGUGGCAGGAGAAGAUCGUGGCCGCCAGCGCUAAGCAGUUUGUUUGCGUCGCCGACUUCCGCAAGCUUUCACCACGCCUGGGGACCGCGUGGAAAAAGGGAAUUCCCAUCGAGGUGCUCCCCAUGGCUGCCCCGAGAGUCCUCGACGAACUCCAGCGGAUGGGCUCGCAAAACCCCCGUAUACGCCCCGGUUUACCUGGAAAGGCUGGCGCCAUCGUCACAGACAACGGCUUGUGGAUUAUCGAUGCGCCCUUUGCUCCGCUUCUACUCCCUAAGGACACAGAAACUGACCGCGGGACCGAUGGCGCCUGGACUGUUGACGCACUGGCGGAUGGGUUGAUCAAGAUUCCCGGGGUGGCUGAGAUCGGCUUGUUUUACGGGAAGAACGGGCUCCAGGUUGCCAGCGGCGCGCAAAAGCCCGUUGCUGCGUAUUUUGGGAUGGCCGAUGGCUCGGUUGAGGUCAAGACACCGUCGUCUUGA